AUGAAUCUUGGAAAGAACCUACGAAAUGAAAAUGUUAAGACAGUGAAUGCAUUAAGGAGUGGUAAGAUCUUACCUGAUCUUUAUCCCCAAACAUUAGAAGAAAAAGAAAACGUGGACAACCCAAAACAAAAUCAAAUACGAGUAGAAGAGGAUUUUAUAGAUUCUACCAAGAAAAUUUUGAAAGAGAGGACAACCAUUCCAUUUCCUAAAGCUCUAGAGCCUAGACAAAGAAAGAAAAAGGAACACAAUAAAGAAAUAAAGAAAAUUUUACAAGAUGUGCAAAUUAGUCUUCCUUUACUCACUACUAUUGAACAUAUUCCUGAAUAUGCUAAAGUUUUGACAAAAAUGUAUACACCAAAAAGGGCACCUAGAGUAGAAAAAUUAUCUAUGCAUGUUAGUGCAUUAUUAUUAAAUCAAUUACCAUAUAAAUUGAGAGAUACAGGUGCCCCUUUAAUUUCGUAUGAUAUUGGUAGAUUCAUUUUUCAGAAUGCAUUACUUGACACCGGUGCUAGUAUUAAUUUAUUACCUGCAAGUAUUUGUGAUAAAUUUAAUAUUUUUGAUCUUAAACCUUCUACUGUUACCUUACAAUUUACUAAUAGAUCCAUAAAACAUCCUAAAGGUAUUUUAGAAAAUGUGAUAGUAACCGUUAAAAGGUGUAAAUUUUCAAUUGAUUUUGUAGUGCUGGAAAUGAAUUUUAAUGGACAGUUUUAUGAUACACCAAUCAUCUUAGGGAGACAAUUUUUGCAUAUAGUAAAGAUGAAUAUUGAUUUUCCUACAGGUAUUGCGAAAAUUUCAUGUGGAGAUCAAUCAGUAGAAAUUAAAAUUUUUGAGGUACCAAAUGAUCUUAAGAAAUCCCAAGUAUAUGAUUGUCAUACCAUAGAUCUUCUAGAUGAUUUUGAUGAUCUAGAUGUUAUUGAUGACUGUGUGUUGGAAGAAUUAGAUGAAAUAGAGAAUAUAAAUACAGAAGAAAAGAAAGAGGAAGAUCAUCUGAAUUUAGAGUUGAAACCUCUUCCCUCUAGUUUAAAAUAUAUAUUUUUAGAGGAAAAUAAUUCAUUUCCUGUUAUUAGUGCAGCUGAUUUGAGUGAUGAACAAGAAGAAGAAUUAUUAGAUGUACUUCGAAAAAGUAAGAAGGCUAUGGGCUGGAAAAUGUACAAUCUAAGGGGUAUUGAUAUGAGUGUAUGUAUGCAUAGUAUAUAUCUAGAGGAGGGGCUAGAACUAGUAGGGAACCACAACGAAGAUUAAAACCUAACAUGAUGGAAAUUGUAAAAAAGGAAAUUUUAAAGUGGUUGACUGUUGAUAUUAUUUAUCCUAUUUCAAAUAGCAAAUGGGUUAGUACUACACAAGUAGUGCCAAAAAAAUCAGGGAUCACGGUUAUAAAAAGUGAAAAUGGGGAUGAAAUACAAACAAGAUUAACUACUAGUUGGAGGGUUUGCAUUGAUUAUAGAAAAUUAAAUUCAGUUACUAGAAAAGAUCAUUUUCUCCUACCAUUUACUAAUCAAGUUCUAGAAAAAUUAGCUAGAAAAAACUUUUUUUGUUUCUUGGAUGGAUACUUUGGUUAUAAUCAAAUUUAUAUAAACCCUUUAGAUCAAGAAAAAACAACUUUCUCUUGUCCAUUUGAUACUUUUGCUUUUAAAUGUAUGCCUUUUGGUCUGUGUAAUGCUCCAGCCACAUUUCAAAGAUGUAUGCUGUCUAUUUUUUAUGAUAUGAUUGGAAAAUGUAUGGAAAUUUUUAUGGAUGAUUUUUCUGUUUUUGGUGAAUCGUUUGAUGAAUGCUUAAAUCAUUUACAGCAUGUACUUGAGAAAUGCACAGAGAAAAAAUUAUUUUGAGUUGGGAGAAAUCACAUUUUAUGGUUAAAGAGGGAGUUGUGUUGGGUCAUAUUGUGAGUGAAAGGGGUUUAGAGGUGGAUAGAGUAAAAAUUGAUAUUAUAUCUAAAAUGAAACCUCUAAAUUCAGUAAAAUAGGUUAGAUCUUUCUUAG